AUGAACGGUGUUACUUUGAACAUUCCCAGUUACCGAAGUCCCACAUCACUUCCCUCUAUUACUGGGUCCCCUGAAAUUAAGCCAGAAAUCUUUGGUGGAUUGUACAGCCAGAGUGGCGUUUUGGACAGCAUGGCUUACCUUGGAGCUUCGACGUCAUUUACGCCCGUGACGUCACCAAACGAGAUGAAGCCUGUCGUUAAUAAACGUCAUAGCGGCGACACCACUGAAGAGCGAAAUACUGCAAUGGACAGACUGGCGGAAACACAUGAGCCGCUCGAUAUUCAACGUCUGGUCGAGGAAUUCCGAGUGACGUUAGAACGUUACGGCGUCUCCCAACGGUUCGCGGCACGUUUUAUCAUGGCGGACACAAGUCAGGGGAAUCUCAGCUUCCUGAUGGAAAAGGGGCGUGUCAAACGAUGGGAGGAGCUCUCCCCUAGGGGGCGUGUCCCUUACAUUAAGAUGCGCAUGUGGCUAGAUAGUCGGGAAGAACAGGUCCGAACCCUCACCAUGCUGAAAUACUCACAAGAGGCUCGCAAGAGUGGACCCCGAGAAGCUUACAACAGACGAGAGCGUUUCUCCAUGUUCCAAUUGCACGUGCUGUGUCGUCUGUUCGAGGAAAACCCCAACCCCGCCAUGAACGUAAGAAACGCCGUCGCUGAACGCUUGAACAUUCCUCUGGAUCGUGUAAACGUUUGGUUCCAGAAUCAGCGCGCGCGCGGAUUUCCCGCCAAACGAAUUCUUCAGCAGCAGAACGGGGUUUAUUCGAGUACGGGUCUGGAACAUGAAACGGAGGCUAGCAAAAUCAUCUCUUCUUGCGCAUCUGAGCAGGCGAGCGCAGUUUCACUUCAGACAACGCCGGAUAAAAUACCUCCAAACAUGGCGGAUUACUUAUUGCAGAUACCUUUAUCCGGUGAAUGUAUCGGCAAUUAUCAUUCUAAGGAGCACAAGCCAGACGUUCGUCAACUUAACAAUACUAAAGUUAAAACUGAACCUCAUAUUCAGGUGAAAACAGAAUCACCACACAUAUCCCCGCCAGCAUUUAUUUCUCAAUGCUCGAAGUACUCGCCCACCUUUAUGACAUCGCCUGUAAUCACAUCACCCGUAAUGACGUCACAUAGGAGGUCGUCAAAUUCUCCUGCCACAGACAUGCCGUGUACAGAUCAGCCGCUGGAUUUAUCCACCGGUAGCACAAUGGUUCAGUCAGCACACAGACACACAUUUACUAAAAACGGUAAAUUUAGCCCUCAUUCCAGUGUUAGUGCAACGAGCGCCUGCGAUACAAGUGACGUCAAACAUUUAACGGGUGCUUCAAAGCGUAAGCGGGGAUUUACACCCCAGCAAAUUAUUUCAAAGCAUUACAUUACGUCACAAGUAAAUUCAAUCGAAGACAAUAACGUGCAAUCACCGAAACGUCGCAGAAAGUCCAACGACGAUGAAGACACAGACGAGUUUGAAUAUGAUUACGUCAUCACUUCAGACGACAUUAAGCCUUCCUCGCCUUUAAACGAUAAUGGAGCACCCCAGACGAAGAGUACUAGUGAUAGUGAAUUCAAACAACAUUUGGAAAAUGACACCCCGCGUGAUCAAGAAAAUAUCCACCCAAGAGCUCAAUCGAAAUUGUCCGAUGGUGACAAAGAAAACGUGGUAAAAUUUGAUCCGAAUGUUAAACCGGAAUCAUUGAUACAAGCAAUGUGCGCGAGUAUUGUAAUGGAGGAAAAAAAUAGUUCCGGUGCGGAGGGAUACGUUAUGGAACCGGAACUGGACUGA